AUGGCCGGACUCGUGGAGCCGAUCAUGGGCGAGUCGAAGAAGCGCGUCUGCUACUUCUUCGACUCUGACAUCGGAAACUAUCACUAUGGCCCCGGCCACCCGAUGAAGCCGACGCGCAUCCGCAUGUGCCACUCGCUCGUGAUGAACUACGGGCUGUACAAGCAGAUGGAGAUCUUCCGCGCCAAGCCGGCGACGAAGCGCGAAAUGUCCCAGUUCCACACGGACGAGUACGUCGACUUUCUGCACCGCAUCACGCCCGACAACGAGGCGCAGUUCGCCAAGGAGCAGGUCAAGUACAAUGUCGGCGACGACUGUCCCAUCUUUGACGGACUGUUUGAGUACUGCUCCAUCUCGGCUGGCGGCUCUAUGGAGGGCGCGGCGCGUCUGAGCAGGGACAAGUGCGACAUUGCGGUCAACUGGGCCGGCGGACUGCAUCACGCGAAGAAGGCUGAGGCGAGCGGAUUCUGUUACGUCAAUGACAUUGUGCUGGGCAUUCUGGAGCUGCUGCGGUAUCACCAGCGCGUGCUCUAUGUGGACAUUGACGUGCACCACGGCGACGGCGUGGAGGAGGCGUUCUACACGACGGACCGCGUCAUGACGUGCUCGUUCCACAAGUACGGCGAGUUCUUCCCCGGCACGGGCGACGUGCGGGACACGGGCAUAGGCAAGGGGAAGGGGUACGCCGUGAACGUGCCUCUGCGCGAUGGGAUGAGCGACGCGAACUACGCCUCCAUUUUCCAGCCGGUGAUCACGCGAAUCAUCGAGUGGUACAAGCCGGGCGCGAUCGUGCUGCAGUGCGGCUCGGACUCGCUCUCUGGCGACCGUCUGGGCUCCUUCAACCUCUCGAUGCGCGGCCACGCCGCCUGCGUCCAGUUCAUUAAGGGCUUUGGCCUCCCGCUCCUCAUGCUUGGUGGGGGAGGGUACACCGUGAAGUCCGUCAGCAGGACAUGGGCGUACGAAACAGGUCUGGCCGCCGGUGUCGAGCUCGGCAGCUCCAUCCCCAACAACGAGUACUACGAGUACUACGGCCCAGACUACGAGCUCGACGUGAAGCCAAACAACAUGGCAGACCACAACACGCGCGAGUACCUCGACAAGGUGCGCGAGAGCGUCUUCGAGAUGCUCCGCGACAAGGAGGCCGCGCCGUCCGUGCCCCUGCAGGCUAUCCCGAAACUGGCCCAUGACGACGAGGACGUGCUGGACGGCAACGAGAAUGAGGACGACGAGGACCCAGACGAGCGCCGCCCGAUGCGGCUCUGGGACCGCGAGAAGCAGAAUGAGAACUCGCUCAGUGAUUCCGAGGACGAAGGGCUCGGAGGGCGGAGGCACAGGCAGAGCCACCGGGAACGCUCUGAGCGAGCGGAGCGAGCUGAGCGAGCCGAGCGCGCGUCGCGAGAGGGAAGUAAGGGACGGAGACGGUCGCGCUCCCCGCGCACACCCGCUGAGCGCCCCGACCGACCGCAGCGAACGGUGGAGAAGGAGAAGAAGGACGAGCCCCUCGCGGAAAAGAAUAAGGAGACGGAGCAGCUCGGCGUGCAGACCGAAACGACGUCGGCGGACAUUAAGAAGUGGGCCGCGACGGUCGAGCAGGCCCGCGACGGCGAUGUUGAGAUGAAGGAUGCGGAGAGCGCUGGUGACAAGGCGGACAAGGCUGACAAGCCUGCUGAGGCUGCAGCCGAGGCCGAGAAGCCCGCCGAGUCCACCGCCGCUGAUGCCGCCGCCGCCGAGCCGAAACCCGCCGAGAGCGCCGAGCCUCCUGCCGAGCCAUCAGCGCCUGCUGCGGCUGAGGAAAAGAAGGACGAGCUCGCCCCGGCCCCGGCAGCGGAGGACAAGCCUGAGGAGAAGAAGGACGAGACCGAGCCGAUGGACACGGAUAAAUAA